AUGGCCAAGGGCUUUGGUUAUAAGAAUCUGGAGACAAAGGAAAAAGUAGACGAAAAAACGCUGUUUGGAAUCGCUUCUCUCACUAAAGCCUUCGCAGCAACAACGCUCGCUAAAAUUCUCCCGGAAAACAAUAUAACAUUAACUACACCAUUAAGUGAAUUUAUGAACAUUACCUUCCCGAGUAAGCAACUGAACGCCUACGCCACCUUGGAAGAUCUUCUCUCUCAUCGGACUGGAUUAGUCAAAAACAACUACUUACGACUCAACCAAAAGUUUACCCGCAGAACCCUUCACAAAUUUUUAAAAGAUUUCGGCAUUCUGCAAGACUUUCGCACUGGCUUUAUCUACAACAAUGUAAUGUACGGUCUAGCCUCGUUUAUCACGGAGCUUUUAACCAAUAACACAUGGGAGGACGCUGUCAGAGAGCAGUUGCUUUGGCCACUUGGAAUGAACGAAACUACUUUCAGUACAAUAGCCGAUUUUGACAGCUUGAAUAUAGCUUAUCCAUAUUUGAAUUUCCAAUCAAAAGGCUUCCAGCGGAUCUCUCCUAACUUCACGAAAAAAUGGGGAGAACUUGGGGGAUCUGGUGCCAUGCUUUCCAAUGCGCUGGAUAUGACACGGUGGAUGCGUUUCUUGCUGAACAAAGGGGAACUGGAUGGUAAACGCAUCAUGAAUUCAAAAACCGUAGAUGAUAUAUUUAAAGCCCGUAAUUAUCCUAUUAGCCGAACGACAACUUUUAUACGUCCAAACACUCCUAUCACAAUCAGUAACGACUUGUACAGUUUGGGUUGGAGGAAAGGUUAUUUAAGAGGUUUUCCCAUACUAACGCACACAGGAUCAACGUGGGGCUACAAGGCAAUGCUGACUUUAUUUCCAGUGCAGAAGUUAGAAUUCAAAACUCUCUCAUUACCGAGGCUCGAGCAUCGAAUACGUGCACCAGUGAAAAAUAUGCAACUACUCCUUCCAUCAUGA